GGCGGGGCCGGCAGCUCAGGGGACAGCAGCGGCUUCCCCGGGCGCUGCGCCGGCGGCGGCCCGAAGGCGUCCGGAAACACCCGAAGGGGCCCGAGGGCACCCCGAGGGGGCCCGAAGACACCCGAGGGCACCCCGAAGUCACCCGAGGGUACUCCGAAGGUGCCCGAAGAGUCCCGAAGGCAGCCCGAAGACAGCCGAGGGCACCCGAAGUGUGCCGAGGGCGCUGAGGCGUCCGUUAGGCGCUGCCUCAGGGCGCGGUGCGGGCCGGCGGCAGGGCGCCCCCAUGAACAACCUGAACGAGCCCCCCGGCUGGAACAUCCUGCCCAACCGCCGGGAGCCCGGCGAGGAGGGCGGGCGGUGGAACUACGCCCUGCUGGUGCCCAUGCUGGGCCUGGCGGCCUUCCGUUGGAUCUGGACCAGAGAAUGUCAGAAGGAAAUAGAGAAGGAAAAGAACGAGUAUUACAGAAAGCAUUCGUCUCUGCAGAAGGACCUGGAGGCCAAGUACCGGGAUACCAUCACGGAAAGCCGCCGCGCGGUUGCUCACCUGGAGCUGGAGCUUGAAAAGGAGCGCAACAGGACCCUGAGCUACCGUGAAGCCCUCGUGUCCCAGAGCCGCAAGCUAGUGGAAGAGAGGAGAAGCCUAGAGCAGGAGCAGGAGAAGCUGGAGAGGGAAAAACAAGUUCUUCUGCGCUCGGGAGCAGCGGGUAACUUGUACCAAAGCUGCCUGGCAAAGGAAGAAGAAUGGCAAAAGAAAGCCAACGCUUUGCUAAAAGAAUUUGAAGAUGGACUGAAAGAAAGACAGGAGAUCUACUGCAGUCUUGUGGUACCCAGAAGCCAGAGACUAGAAAUAGAGAAAAAUUUGCUAGUUAAAGCGGCAACUGAUCCUGUUGCUCUGGAUCUACAUAUGGAAAGUGGCUUAAAAGAUAUUUUCAAACAUGACAACUACUGUGGCAACCUGCUGAACAGAAGCAGAAGUCAAAACGGAAGACUUAUGUGGCUGUAUUUGAGAUAUUGGGAACUAGCUAUUGAACUGCAAAAGUUCAAGAGGGUAGAAAAAGCAAUGUUAGGAAAACGAUAGGGGGAGUAAUGGUGUUUCAUGUGGUCUGCUGUGAAGAGUAGGGACAAUCACAGUCGUAGUCCGAAGCUGUUACGUUUUCGUUCUGUGUUUCAAUUUCUACUCUUCACUGCAUUUGUAUUUGCAUGGGAUGUGCAGUGUUGGUGCCUUUCCUUUCACUAACAGCAGAUGCUCCAGCGAGCUGUGCAUGCUCUAAAACUCUGUGUGUUUGUCUUGCAGACUGCAGUGUGCUCCAGAGAUAUGCAAGCUUCCAUAGGGAUCAGAAGGAGCUAAACAAAAGUCACUUCAGAGUAAUUAACCAAGUUGGAGGUUGUACUCUAUCAACAGAAAAGUGAGAUUCGUCUCCACUAUGUGGGCUGCACGCUGUGCUCCGUAUGCAUGCGUUGCGUGCUGCCUCAGCGCUGUCUUCUUUAAGCAAGACUGAUUUUGAGCCAGGUCUUUGGAAGAGACCAUGAUUGAGCAAGAUGCUUGUCACAUAAACCGUAUGCGUAUAUACAUACAUUUAUACAAAUAUAUAUGUGUGUGUGUGCGCAUAUGUAUCUGUGUGUAUGUAUAUAUAUCAAAAAUGUAUGUAUUAGCACUCUGAGGGGGGAAUAGUGUGAUAAUGCUUCAGGUUAAUCGGUCUUUCAUCAUCUUCCAAGCUUAAAAUACAAAUAGGACUUUAUGGAUGAAACAUCCAAACGAUGCUACCUAAAAUAACACUUAAACAAACAGAUUGAGAGGAACCUCACUGGAGCUAGGGAGACGUGUUUGAAUAUUAAAAUAAUAUAUAAACUUGAAGUUGUAUCCUCAUAAUACAGUAGAAAUGUUGACAAUGCUUACGUUUUUCUCUCAGUUAAGGUUUCGGUGAUAACCUAACAGUGUGCCUCUAUUAUGCACAUCACCAUGCUGCUGCCUCUGCAUCCCAGUGCACUUAGGGUACGUGUUCAGCUUCCAGGAACCUCCGUAGUCACUGCGCCUGGCUCUGUUGCUUGUUCAGGCUCUGAUUGUUGUGCUCAGAAGGGUGGCAGCCACCCUUCUCCCCUGACCACCUCUGUUCUCCCAGACCCAAAGUACACUUUUCCACAACUCUGAAAUUUUGAGCUUACAGUUCACCCCUUCACAUACCUAUGACCGUGGAAAUCCUACAGAUGUACAAGUUCUGUAAAGACUUAAGGAGAGCUUUUUCCUCUAAUUGCCACAAUAAACAUAUCUAGAUAUAAAAAAUAAAUACCCCAGAGGGUUUCCAUGCGUGAAAUCCCUUAAAUCUUUGGCUCCUUGUAGAGCAUAGGAACCACCUUCAGUUUCAAAAGUGCCAUGUGCUUUGGAGUGGAAGUCUUUUUCCUUCUCCUUUCUAAUCUAGCCUUAGACCCCAAAGGGAAAACCGUUACCCUUUUGUCUAUAAUGUGGUAUAAAUUUUAGUUAGCAUUUCUUUAUUAACUGAGGGAUAGACUUGCCAAACAUGUUUGCUCUGGGCCAUCAGCUAUUGCAUGGCCCAGAAACAAUCCAGCUUGGUGGAUGCCCAUCCAAGUUUAACAGAGAACUCUAGCAGAUGUGGACAUUAAACAAAAUUCUUAAACAUGUUUGUUUCCAAAAUGCUCGGUUUUCCAUCUGUUAUUUUGCUCACCUUGUUGGUGCCGAUUGUGUUGUAGUGAAUUAUUAACCUCUUAUGGACUGGUUUUUAUUUUUAAAUAAAGUUUAAGUGGACAACAUGGAGGGGAAAAAAAAAAAAAGAGAUACUACCACAGACACCAGAAAGGCCAAAGGUUAUCUGGAUGCCAAGUUUAUGCAGGUUCAGCCAUGAGAACGUGAUUGAGUUAGUGUUGGUGUGACAACCUCAGCCAAGCGGCUCUAGCUGGCCAUAUCCACAUGCCCUAAUUGCCCAGUAGAACAAAUAAUUUAGAACAACUUAACUCGUGUGCCGUUCCUUCAGGAUGUGGAAAGUGUCUGCCUGCCCAGCCGCAGUGCAUUUCAUAUGGACAUGCAAGCAGUUACAGCAACUCAGAUGAACAGUUGUAGAUAGUGAAUCAAAGCCAAUAUGUUCAAGACUCAUGCCUCAUCUUUGUGCAUCUUCACUCAUUCUUAACACUAAAUGAAGAAACAUCCUAUGCUUUUUUUCAGUUUUUCGUAGUUUUAUGUCCCUGACAUCAAAAUAUUUAAAGAAAACGUAAUCAGGAAGUAAAAUACUUUUCAGUAUAAAUAAAUGAUUGGAAGCAUCACGUGCUUGAUUGUAUGUGGUUGGAUGCAAAGGAAUAAAUACAAUCACUUCUUUAGAAGUGUCGACUAUUUGCACAGCUGAUUGUUGAACUAUUGUUCAUGGACACUUUGCGGAUCAGUGUAUUAAGAUCAAGGAGUUUUUCUGAGGAGGAUUUUUGAAAGCAUGAAACUGGUUUAGAAGCACCAGUCCUAUUAGUUUCUACCAAAACUCCUGUUUCUUAGUGUGUUACAUAUUUUUGAAAUAGUCCCCUUUUGUAAGUUAUUAUGUUGAAAGUUCUAUUAUGAGCUUGAUCUUGCCCUACAGCUGUUCCGGAUUACUGAUUUGUUUGAAAAUGUCUGUAUGUAGAAUGAAGGAAUGAUUUGUUUUCAAAAUAUUUAAUGAAGGAAUGAAGUGUUUUGUUGGUUGGUGUUUGUUUUUUUGUUUGUUUGUUUUGUUAUGGAAAUACAAACUCACCUGUUAAACAA